AUGACCAGCUACAUCCUCGCGCUAGGCCUGCCGCUCGCCGCCGCCGCGCCGCUGCUCGCCGUCCGGCAGGACAGCAGCGCGGUGCCCGUGGUCGACGCGACAGCCGUGCCCAUCCCGGUGCCCACGCUCCCCGACCCGCCAGUGAACGGGACCGAGCCGACCGUGUCCCCGCUCGCCUCGACAGGGAGCCCGCUCCCGUCCCGCUCGCACAGCGUCGGCCUCGCUGUCGGCCUGGCAGUCGGGCUGGCCGCGCUCGUCGCCGCCAUCAUCGGCGUGUGGUACCUCCUCCGCAAGCACCACAGCCGCAAACCAGGGGCCAAGCCGUACCGCCCAUACGCCGAGGACUCUGACUCGAGUCCGUCAGCGAGCCCCGAGCUCAAGGCGGCGGUGCUCGACGACGAGAAAGCAGCGUCCGCGGGCCCGGGCGCGGCCCCGAGCGCGGCCAGCUCGCGCACUGGCCCGCUCGUCAUCAGCGGCCCGACGCGGGUUCUCCCGGCCGGUGCUGCUGGGCCGCUCGUGUCGUCGUCGACGCGCAGCCUGCCGCAGCCCGACGCGAUCGAGGAGAUCCGCUCCGUCUCCGACCAGCCGGUGCGCACAAAGAAGCACUCGCGCGCGCAGAGCAUGAUGAGCACGAUGAGCUUUGGGUCGCUGCGCUGGAUGGGCGCCGCGGUCGACGGCGACGGCGACGGCGUGCCUUCCCCCGUCGCGCCGACGACCUUCUCGCCCGCCGACUCGAGCGUCAGCGUCGCUCCGGCGGCACAGGUGCCGGCUGUCACUGUCUCCGCGCCUUCGGGGGAGAAGGUGGCGGCAGCUGAGAAGAAGAAGGAGAAGAAGAAGCGCGGGCAAGCUGCUGCCGCGACGCCAGUCCACACGGUACACGUACAUGCGCACGCGCGCCCGCACUCGUCUGCUGCCGCCGAGCGCGACCGCCCGCCGAGCCCAAAGUCGUCCGACUCGGGGUCGGGGCGCCGCCGCUGGUGGCGCCGUUGA